CAAACAUAGGUGAUAUCGAAGAGGAACUUGAACCUGAAUCCGAACAUCCUUAGCUUCCUCCGCAGGCGAAAACAGAAAGCCAUUCUUAACCCUUACCUUCCUCUACGAACACUUCUUUCACCCCCAAAAUAUUUGAUCUCCAAAUCAAACCCCCACCAAUUUCAAUUGAUACGACCUAAUUUCGUUUUUUGGUCAUAUUUUGGACAAAAUUCGAAACACUGUCUUCGUCUUAGCCCCUCUCUCGUUCUCAUCGAAGAACCUUUCAGGAGUCCUCCUUCAAAUCAACAAUUUGUCAAAGGAAAGUUUGCAGCAGGAGUAAAGAGAUAUUCGGUCGCCAUCCAUCGUGCUCUUCUUGUUUCAUUUGGUAAUCUAAGGAGAAUCAUAAAUCAAUGAAUAAGAGAAAGGAAUUGCCAUCUCCGUCAAUGACGAGGAUGGAUGAUGGAGCCAUUGUGAUGAGAGAUGGGGAAACGGCUCGGUCAUUGAGAAUUGACGGAGUUCCUCCGUCGGAAAUCACUCCAGAGAUAAGAGUACAAAGACGUGUCGACAGACGAGUUUCUUUUGACGAUAAGGUUGAUGAAGAGCUUCAAAAAGCUCAAACUGAAGGGUGCACCGACGGGAGCCAUGACCUGUCCCCUACGGAUCAUCCGAGGAAUAGAGCAAAUAUUUAUGCUCAAUUAUUCGGCCCUGAACUAGACGGCCACACCAAUGGGAACCAUGACCUGUCCUCUAUGGAGCAUCUGAGGAGUCGAGCAGAUAUUUAUGCUCGAUUAUUUGGCCUUGAAUUGACAGUCCCUGAACUAGAGGGCCACUCCAAUGGGGACAGUGCCGACACUCCCUCACGGUUGAUCGCUCCCGCAGAAAAGAACGAAGAAGUUGCCGAUUCUAAUGGGGAUUUGCGGGAUACUGUCUGCCGAGGAAAUGACGAUGAUGGUAUUCGGAUAGCGAGUGACAACUGUGCUGGCAUUGCAGGUCGUAUUCGAUCUCUGAGUAGGACCAAUAAAUGCCAGUCCUAUGAGUUGAGUGACUUGUCUGGCGAUGAAAUUCGGAGCUCGAUGGAUGAUGAAGACUUCACUCUGACGAGGAGGCAAAAAAUGAAGAAUCAGAAAGGAACUGAAACAGCAAGGGACAGCACGGCAGCAAAGUCUUCAGGGCAGCGCUGCAAUCGAAUGCCAAAAAGAAAGGUGGCAGUGAAUGCUCCUGAGAGGAAGACAAAGCAGAGGAGGAUCUCGGGAAUCUGUGAGGGCAAAGAACAGAGAUUGGAGAGGGAGGGUGGCAAUGAUGAUGACCGAAGAACAGUCAAGGAAGGGGCGCACCUAGUCUCAGCCUCAAAUGCCCAGCCCCCGAAAGCUACACGGAUUUGCAAAAGUGGCGGUGAUGGAGAGGAUAUGCCGUAUUGGCUUAAGGAGAUGACAAAGUUUAUGACGGGGGCUAAAGCGAAGAAGCUUAAGCCUAAAAGAUUUGACAUCUCCAAGAUCCUAAAGGAAUCUAUUCUCGGACAACCGUCUCGAACAAUGCAUGCCGGUGAAGGAACUGGAGUGGCAGAUGGAGCUGAAUACUACCCUCCUCUUCCCAAGAAGUUUCGGUUUGAGGAAGAUGUCGCCCCGCUAACAGAAAAGGAACAGAGGCCAGCUGAGUGGGAGAAGGAGUUGGACGUCUUGUUUGAAGAGUUCAACUUUAGCUGUGCUGUUGAGGAAAUUGGAACGACUGCCCGCCGUGAGGUUGUUGGAGUAGACGAUGAGGAGGAGGAAGAGAGUCAGGAGCGCAGAUGUGCUCGAGGGCUACAUGAACUGGUAUUAGAAGAUGAUCGAGGAUGGUUUUGUAUCUGCUGUCAGCAUGUGGCGAUUCAACCGAAGGAUGUAAUUCCUCCGUGGGCGAUCAAAGGUCGUAAUGCUUCCGGAAAGAAGAAGCAGGAGAAAGGGAAGGCUCUGGAUCUUAGCGCCGUUAAUCUCCCAGAAGCUGAUGCAGCGGACAUAAGCAGCUGGACUAGCGGCUCAGUGUGGAGCAUCAAGGCUGGUGUGCGGGAAAGUAUGUACGAACACCAGCAAGAAGGAUUUGAGUUCCUCUGGAGGAACUUGGCAGGCAGUACCGAUAUUGCUGACUUAAAGAACUCAAAUCUAGCUGGAGUGGGCGGAUGCAUCAUUUCUCAUGCCCCAGGGACAGGAAAGACACGUCUCAUGAUCGUAUUCCUCGAGACAUAUCUAAAGAUGUAUCCAAACUGUCUGCCGAUGAUCAUCGCCCCGGCUGGAUUGCUUCAGAACUGGGAAGGGGAGUUCAGGAAGUGGAAUUCCGGGUUUAAUUUCCACAACCUGAACAAUUUGACAAUUAUCGGUGACGAGAUGGCGGCGGCCGAUCAUCUCUUUCAAGGAACGAGUAUCAGAUGCAGGGACAUGGAGGCAAUCCGGAUGGUAAAGAUAUAUUCAUGGAAGAGAGGGGGAGGCCUUUUGGGGAUUAGCUACAGUCUGUUUGAGAAGCUGACGGCGCAGAAAAACGAGGAAGCAGAUGCAGGCGAAGAGGGGCAGAGGUCGGGUGUUGAAAAGAACUUCGAAGUUUUGAGAUCGAUACUUCUUGAGAUGCCUGGCCUGGUGAUUCUUGACGAAGGCCAUACUCCUCGCAACCGCCGGAGUAAAAUUUGGACUUCACUGGUUCAGCUCAAGACUGAAAAGCGUGUUAUAUUGUCUGGGACGCUCUUCCAGAACAACUUCAGAGAGCUGUUCAACUCACUGAAGAUCGUAAGGCCUACAGUGGCAGAAGCAGCUAUGCAGGACCCGACAUUCACUGAGAUUCUGCAUUCAGAUAGGAACCGCCGGAGAUCUAGGCCUGCUUUGCUUCCGGAAUCCAUCAACCGUGCAGUGGAGAGACUUAAAGUCUCAAUGUCGCCGUUUGUGCAUGUGCACAAAGGCUCUAUCCUGCAAAAGAGUCUUCCCGGAUUAAGAGACUGUGUGGUCCUCUUGAAAUCGACUGGAUUGCAGAAGAAUCUGAUCGACUUGUUGGAAGGGGAACGAUUAAGGAAAACAAUUAAGAGUUCAGAUUUUGUAUUUUCUUUGGUAUCUGUUCAUCCCUACCUUAUCCAACGAUGCAAGUCGCAAGUGCCAAAUGAUGGAAUUGAUAUGCAAGCAGCCGAGGCAUCCAAGCUCAAUUCCAGCGAAGGAGUCAAAACGAAAUUCAUCGUCGAGUUUGUCCGCCUCAGUAUGACGCUGAAGGAAAAAGUGCUCAUCUUCAGCCAGUACAUUCCCCCCUUGGACCUGAUCGAAGAGCAUCUGACCGCGACCUUCCAGUGGAAUGCGGGGAAGGAAAUUCUGAGGCUGGAAGGAAAGCUAGAGAAGAAGCAACGGCAGAAUGUGAUCAACGCAUUCAACGAUCCAGAAAAUGAUUCCAUGAUCAUGCUGGCAUCGACGAAGUGCUGCUCGGAGGGCAUUAGUCUGGUUGGGGCUUCCAGGGUCAUUCUGCUGGACGUUCUCUGGAAUCCUUCUGUCCAGCAGCAGGCAAUCUGUCGAGCUUAUAGGAUUGGGCAAAAUAGGUUUGUCCAUACCUACCAUCUUAUGACUGCUGCCACAACUGAGGCGGACAAAUAUUGCCGGCAAGCUGAGAAAGAGCGGCUAUCUGAAUUAGUGUUUUGCUCUUCUUCAAAUGAGCAAGAUAUCUCAAAGCAGCCGAUGGCGGAGAUUGAGGACAAGAUUCUUGAGGCGAUGGUCAAGCACGGAAUGACAAAAGACAUGUUUGAAAAGAUCAUCCACCAGCCAAAAACCACAGACUUGAUCCAAUCCUUAGGCCUCAGAGGUUGAUUAUGCUCCCGGAAGUAUUAAGCUGAAUCGUUGCGAUAAAGCAGAGAAUCCUCAUAGGAACUGACUGCAGGCACCCGAUAGCAUAGUUAUUUCGUGAAACAAGAGCAGCCAAGACAGCUGGCUGUCCAUUUUGUUUGUGGACACAAAGCCUAAUGAUGAUAUCCCAAUGUUUCAACAUUAACAAAACAAGGACUCCUCUCCUCAAUAUGUAGAAAGUGUUGCGGCUGAAAAGAUAGUGAUAGUUGCGAUAAAGUAAGGAAAGUUGUUGGCAACCGAAGACUGUCCGACAGGCAUGGGUAUUUUCAUAAAGAUGGUGGACUGAGAGCAGCCAAGAAAGCAGCAGUCCCAUCUUGUUUGUUGACACAAAGCCUAAGGAUGAUAUCCCAAUCUUACAACAUAAACAAAACAAGGACUCCUCUCGUCAAUAUGUACUGAAUCGUUGCGAUAAAGCAAAGAAUCCUCAUGGGAACUUACUGCAGGCACCCGAUAGCAUAGUUAUUUCGUGAAACAAGAGCAGCCAAGACAGCUGGCAGUCCAUUUUGUUUGUGGACACAAAGCCUAAUGAUGAUAUCCCAAUGUUUUAACAUUAACAAAACAAGGACUCCUCUCCUCAAUAUGCAGAAAGUGUUGCGGCUGAAGGAUAGUGAUCCUUGUGAUAAAGCAGAGAAACUUGCUGGCAACUGCCUCUCAUCUAGAGCUAACUGCAGACACCCGACGUUAUUUCAUGAAGACUGUGGGCGAGAGCAGCCAAGAAAGCACCAGUCCCGCCUUGUUUGUGGGCACAAAGGCUAAGUAUAUUAACAAAACAAGGACUCCUCUCCUCAAUAUGUAGAAAGUGCUGCGGCUGAAAAGACAGUGAUCGUUGCAAUAAAGCAGGGAAAGUUGCUGGCAACCGAAGGCAUGGCUAUUUUCAUAAAGAUGGUGGACUAAGAGCAGCCAAGAAAGCAGCAGUCCCAUCUUGUUUGUUGACACAAAGCCUAAGGAUGAUAUCCCAAUUUUUCAACAUUAACAAAACAAGGACUCCUCUCCUUAAUAUGUACAGGAAAGUGCGGCGGCUGAUUGGAUUCCAGAGUCCAAGUCCAAAAUCCAAGAAGGCCCAAAUGCGAUUUAUUUUUUAUUUUUCCAGGCCCAUAUUAAAGAUAUGGUUGGUCCCUCCAUGGAGAGAAAAAGACAAUAUGUUGUAACAACAUACUGAUUUAUAGUAAUUUGUUGAGAAGAUAGAUUCUGAUGGAAUUUAGUUGGUUAGAUAAUCUUGUUGAAUGGUGUUGCAUAGAAAUGAUUUGCAGAUAGCAAUUCUUGAGGGAGAUGAACACAGCUUGUGAAAGUUUAACUUGUUUUCAAUUUAGUGAAGUCAUGCCUGGGUUGGAACCCUCCAGA